CAGAGCCGGGGCACACUAUGGCUGCUUACCGGCCUCAGCACUUUGGCUCCGAGGAAGCUUGGCUUAAGACUGCCCAGACCUUCAUUCAAGAGACCCUGUGUCCAGUUGGCAAGGAGCCUGACAUUCAGUUGACUCAGUUAGUAGUUGACUGUGUGAAGACUGUCUGGUUGUCCCAGGAAAGUAAGCAAGGUUUUGCAUUGCCCCUUAGCUACAGCUUUGUCUCAGUUCAGGACCUGAAGACCCAUCAGCACCUCCCGUGCUAUAGCCACCUGUCCUGGAGCAGUAGUACAUACCAAACGUGGGCCAAAGAAGCUCUACCAAGUGGAACCCCCCUGUCUCAAGAAAGAUUGUUACUUUUAGGAACACUAACAGACCAACCAGGGUAUUUGGAAAAAGAGUGUAAAAAUGGAAGCCUCUAUGUGAGAGACAACACUGGUAUCCUGGGCUGUGAGCUCAUAGAUCUGGAUCUUUCUUGGCUGGGCCAGCUUUUUCUGUUCCCCAUUUGGAGUUACCUCCCUCCUGCUAAGUGGAAUUCUUCAGGGGAAGGACAUUUGGAGCUCUGGUGUGCCCCUGUGCCAGUGUUUCCCUUGACCAUCAGUCCUGCCUCUCUUUCCCCUCUUCCUGUUGUCUACCCAGAGACUGCCUCUCACCUGCUUAGGCACAGAAGUAAACUCAAAGUUGUGCAGCCAAACCUAGCUGGGACGCUGGUUCGAUUGAGUGCACUUGUGAAAAGUAAAAAGAAAACUUACUUUAUCCUAUCUCUUGGUGCAUCAUCCCAAGCAGGCAGCCAUGUGUCCAUCAUUGUGCAGGUCCCUGCCCAGCUGGUGUGGCACCGAGCCCUUAGACCUGGUAGGACCUAUGUGCUGACAGCGCUGCGAGUAUCCAAGAUCUGUGGACACCCUGGCCGCGUUUGGAUGACCAGUUCCACCUCUCAUCUGUUGCCACUGAAACCAGAGUGUGUGUAUGAGCUGGACCUGGAGCUGGAUGGACCUCUCUUGGAGGCUAAUUCCAAGCCACUUCCUACGCCAACCAACGCCCAAGACAGAAAGGGACAAAAAGACUUUGGCCGCAAUUCUAUACUCUUAUCAUACACGGGCAUGGUUACUGGUGUGCUGAAUGAGCCUGCUGGUUUCUAUGAGCUGGAUGGGCAACUGGGACUCUGUCUGGCCUACCAGCAAUUCCAUGACUUCAGACGGGUGGUGCGACCAGGAGUCCGACUCGAGCUCCAGGAUGUUCACCUCCUCCAGUCACUGGGUGGAGGGACAACAAGACCAGUGCUGGCCACCUGCCUCCGUGGUGCUGUGCUGCUUCGGGGCUUCUCCCAUCAGAAGCCCGAGACUCAGUCUUCCCAUCAUGGCUACGGGGCCUACCUGUAUAAGCACCUGUCAUGGGAACGUCAGUUAGGACUUCCCCUCUACCUGUGGGCCGCCAGGGCCCUGGAGGAGCUAGCUUGCAAGUUAUGUCCUCAUGUGCUGAGACACUGGCAGUUCCUGACACAUUCCUCUCCUGGAAACCCCAGUUUGGCACUGCAGCUCCUGGCUCCUAUCCUGGAUGGUCUAGCUCCUCCCUGCAAUCCCAGUCGGAAUGCACAAAACGAAAUCCUUGAAGAGCCACAUCACUGUCCACUGCAGAAAUAUGCUCCACUGCAGACUCCCUGUUCUUUCCCCACUCUGGCCGCUGUGAAAGAGAAAGGGCAGUGCAGGGCCCAGGACACCUUUGACCCCAAGACCCUUCUGCCCCUCCCAGAGGCUUAUCACCUGACUAGUUGCCAGCUAAAUCAGCGUCUGACCUGGUCCUGGCUCCGGCUGCUGCCCUGUGCCUUCCAGCCAGUCCAGGUUUUACUUGGGGUUCUAGUGGCUUCAUCUCAUAAAGGUUGUCUGCGACUUCGAGACCAAAGUGGUUCCAUCCCCUGUCAAAUCCUGGACAAGCACUCACGACCCCUCAGUGAUCCCCAGCUCAUAGGCUGCCUGGUACAGAUAGAGAAGUUCCAGUUGGUCAUAGAGAGGAAUGUGAGAAGCAACUUCCCUUCCUGGAAAGAGCUAAGCAUGACAAGCUUCAUCCAGGAGCAGAAGGCCAGAGUCUAUGUCCAGUUCUUUCUGGCUGAUGCCUUGAUCCUGCCUGUGCCCAGACUUAGCUCAGCUACCUCCUCAAUGCUGCCUCAGACAGAGCCCACUCUCCAGGACUCCCACAUAGGACAGAGUCGUCUAUUCUUGGUCUCCCACAAGGAGGCUCUGAUGAAGAGGAACAUUUGUGUCCCCCCAGGAUCCAGUGAGGUGCCAAAACCCACUCUCAGUUUCCAUGUAUCAGGGACCUGGCUUGUGGGCACCCAGAGGAGGGAAGGUACUGGCUGGGGCCCACCUGAGCCCAAGGGAGAUGAUAACAAGGAUCAAAAGGUUCUUCUUCUCUUCCUUGGCUCUUCAGUCCGCUGGUUUGAGUUCUUGCAUCCAGGACAAGUAUACCGGCUUGUGGCUCCUGGCCCUCCUACACUGCAGUUGUUUGAGAAGGGUGGCUCGUCUUGCAUAUUGCAGCGACCUCUGGACUUGGCUGGCUGUGCAUCCUGUCUCACUAUCCAGAAUGAAUGGAUCCUGGAGCUUGAGAGCUCCCAGAACAUCCCAGAUGUGCCUGGUGUCAACAAGGCAUUACCUAAAUCGUCACUGACUGACCUGCUCAGUGGCAAUGUCACUGAUUCCUUGGUGUCCUUGUCAGCCGAGAUUUUGUCACGGACACUGUGUGUGCCACUUUCAGCUUCUGUCUGGAUGCAUUCGGGGAGCACUGGGGCCAUCAGAAGGUGUAUGAAGCUAACUGUUGCUCUGGAAACUACUGAAUGUAAUUUCCCCCCUUACUUGGACAUAUACAUUGAAGACCCACACUUGUCCUCCUUACUAGGACUCCUUCCAGGAGCCCGAGUCUACUUCAGCCAACUAGAGAAAAGGGUCUCCAGGUUCCACAAUGUUUAUUAUUGUUUCCAGUCGUCCUCUUAUGUGCAAGUCCUGAGUUUUCCUCCAGAAACAGCAGUCAGUGCUCCCCUGCCCACCAUCUACCUGGCUGAACUUCUACAGGGUGACCGAGCUCCAUUCCGGGCCACUGCACCUUGCCAUAUUGUUACUGUCUUUAGCCUUCAGCUCCUCUGGGUGUGUGCUCAUUGUGCCAGCCUCUUCCGCCAGGGAAGGUGUACUCGUCAGAGCCCAACUUGCCCCACUCAGACGUCUAUUAGCCAGGCCAGCAUCAGACUCCUGGUGGAGGAUGGAACUGCUGAAGCUGCAGUGACCUGUAGAAACCAUCAUGUGGCAGCAGCUCUUGGUCUGUGUCCUAGCGAUUGGACUGCCCUCCUAGAAUUUGUCCGAGGACCUGGGAGAGUGGCUUUGCAAUUUACAGGGCCUGGAGUCCAACUUAAGUCCACAACCAAGAUUGAUGAAUCCUUGACCUUUUUGCUCCAGACACUUUGUACUAGCUCCUCUGUCCUCCGUCCUAUUGUGCUUUCUUUUGAGCUUGAGAAGAAGCCCUCUAACACCAUCCCUCUGGAACCUCCUCGACUACAGCGAUUCCAGAGUGGGGAGCACCCUUUCCUGACACGUGUGAAUCCCAGGAUCCGACUGUCAUGCCUCUCUAUCCAGGAGCCUAAGCAUACCCCUCUCCCUGAGGGCCUUUGAUUCUUCCUACUAACCUGAGCUGCAACAAUGACCUGAGAGGUCUUCCCACCCUGCUGGAAACUUUUGAGGGCUGGAUCUCCUUGUCAUGGCCUUUAUCUUCUCUGUGAUUGAACCAAGACCCAGACCCCUGGAUUCCCAAACGGCUACUUCUUCAUACUCUGGUGCCAACCUCCCUUGGGGAAAUUGUGGGAACAGGCAAAUCAUGGGUCUGUUGAUAUUUCAUCUCUAGUUGGCGUUAACAGUAGUCCUGAGCAUCUGGGUUCUGCCUUUGCGGCAGGGACAGAAAGAAUGAAAGACUUACCCCUUGUAGGGGUGUUUGUGAGAGACUCC